AUGGCCGACGAGAAACAGGGCCCCGCUAUGGAGGCGCCGGAGUUGGAGUCACACGCCGCCGGGCCGAUCCAACGACCACCCGGAUGGAUGUACAAAGGGUUCAAACUUGGAAGGAAGGAAGUCUGGUAUGCAUCGCCCAUCAUCCAGUUGCUCAUGGUCGCCAUGGUGUGCUUCAUGUGCCCCGGCAUGUACAACGCGCUGGGCGGUCUUGGCGGUGGUGGACAGGUGGACGCGACGGCCCAGAACGACGCCAGCACAGCCCUGUACUCGACAUUUGCCGUCGUCGGCUUCUUCUCGGGCACAAUCGCCAACAUGCUCGGCGUCAGGGCGACCAUGGCAUUCGGCGGCCUCGGCUACUGCAUCUACACCGCCAGCUUCCUGUGCUACAACCACACCCAAAACCAUGGCUUUGUCGUAUUUGCCGGUGCUUUCCUCGGUGUCUGCGCCGGCCUACUGUGGACCGCCCAGGGCACCAUUAUGAUGAGCUACCCUGAGGAGGACAAGAAGGGCCGCUACAUUUCGUACUUUUGGAUCAUUUUCAACAUGGGCGCCGUCAUUGGCUCUUUGGUGCCCCUCGGCCAAAAUGUUAACGCCACGGGCGCCACCAACGUCACGGACGGCACCUACGUCGGCUUCAUGGUGCUCAUGAUCAUCGGCGCCGUGCUCUCGCUCGCCCUCUGCAAUGCCGACCGGGUCCGCCGCGACGAUGGCAGCAAGGUCAUCCUCAUGAAGAACCCGAGCUGGAAGACCGAGAUCAUCGGCCUCUUCGAGACCAUCACGUCGUCCCCCUGGGUUGUCCUGCUGUUCCCCAUGUUCUUCGCCUCCAACGUCUUCUACACGUACCAGAUGAACGACAUGAACGGCGCCCACUUCAACACCCGCACCCGCACCCUCAACAACCUGCUCUACUGGGUCGCCCAGAUCAUUGCCGCAGUCAUCUUUGGCUACGCCCUCGACUUCCCCAACGUCCGCCGGUCCGUCCGGGCGAAGGUCAGCUUUGUCGUGCUGUUUGUCUUUAGCUUUGCCAUUUGGGGCGGCGGCUACGCCUGGCAGAAGAAGCAGGUGUCUCGCGAGGUUGUGGAGGCCAAGGACUCGACAUACAGGCGCGUCGACUGGACCGAUGGCGGGGAGCUGUUCGUCGGCCCCCUGUUCUUGUACAUGUUUUACGGCUUCUAUGAUGCCGCGUGGCAGACUUGCAUCUACUGGUACAUGGGCGCCCUCAGCAACUCGGGCCGCAAGGCUGCCAACCUCACGGGCUUCUACAAGGGCAUCCAGUCGGCCGGUGCCGCUGUCUUUUGGCGCUUGGACGGCCUCAAGACGCCCUUUGAUACCAUGUUCGGUGCCACUUGGGGUCUGGUCGCCGGUGCACUUGUCAUUGCCGCUCCGGUCAUCUUCCUCCGCAUUCAGGACACUGUCUCGCUGGAGGAGGAUCUGAAGUUCAGUGAUGAGACGGUCGAGGAUAUCAAGCCUGCGAGGGAUGUCACGGUGCUGAAUAAGGAUGUUGUUUAA